ACCAAGCUUGAAAGCAGAAAGAGAUCACAUACACGUAGUUAGCCGAUUGUCACGCAAUACAUACAAUAUGCGGAUCUGGUAGGUAGCCCAAUCUGAACAGGUGGCUCCCAUCAAGCUCUCCAAGCCACCCCAUGGGCAAGGAUCUCUAGAUCCGUGCAGUACCCCGUGGAACCCCGCAAUGCAACGUACUGAGAAGGGCGCUCGCUGGUUCUAUAGAAAGUGGACUUCACAGGAUAGAUUGCCGUGCUGUAGCCAGGGUUCUGGUGCAGUAGUGCAUAUGAUAAGGCGGUUUAACGGGAAAGGAUAAUGUCGUUCUGGGAACGGGUUAUAAUCAAAAAGUUGACGGGCCCCAAUUCUCCCACCCGAUAAUUCUGUGCACGAUCAGUCAAAUUCACCGUGAGGAGAAAGGUCUCGAAACAGAACAAAAAAUGCAUCUAUACGGCUUAGGGCGAAUCUUGGUAGUUCGCCUCGUCCUGCUAGCUGUCUCGGUCGCGUCGUCUACUCAAGAACGGAGACAGAAUAGCGCCAGUUGUAAUGAAUUGAUACUUGCUAAGGUUCUGCCAGCCAACGCGAGAAUCGAGCGGGUGCAGGCCAUAGAGGCCGGAAGUACGUACGGGGAUGGGACGGCAAACCUGGGCUAUCCUAUCCAGCCUACAGAUCUACCUGCACUAUGUGCCGUGACGGUUGCGGUGGCAAGUUCCGCGACUUCAUCAUACCGGAUCGGCCUUUUUCUCCCGGCCGAGUGGAACGAGAGAUUCCUCGUGGUUGGGAAUGGCGGUUUUGCUGGUGGCAUCAAUUGGCUUGACAUGGGUGCCGGUGUGCAGUACGGCUCCGCCGUCGUCUCAACAGACACGGGACACAGCUCGAACACCACGGAUGGAACCUGGGCACUUGACAACCCCGAAGGAAAGGCUGACUGGGGCUGGCGUGCGAUCCAUGGUUCUGUAGUUCUAGGAAAGUUGCUAGUGCAGGCGUAUUACGGACGUCCAAUUAGUUACUCGUACUACAGCGGGUGCUCGACCGGCGGCCGCCAGGGGCUUAAAGAAGUGCAGCUAUUCCCAGGCAGCUUUGACGGCGUCUUGGUCGGUGCUGCGGCGUGGCAAACAAGCCACUUGAACAAUUGGGCGACGAAGGUUGCAAGCUACAACUGGCCAGCCGACGAUGAGAAACAUAUCGACUGGCGACUGCUACCGGCGAUAGGAGCUGAAGUUGUGAAGCAGUGCGAUAACAUUGACGGCGUGGUGGACAACAUCAUUAGCCUUCCAGGACAGUGCAAGGUAGACUUUGAGGCAUUGUCUUGUGAGAGACCCGGUGCCAAUCAAUCUGCCUGCAUCACGGCUGCACAGGCACAAACUCUGAAGAAUGUAUACAGCGACUGGAGAUCACCGACAGGUGAACUCCUGUACAAGGGCAUAUUGCCAGGUGCUGAGGAUCAGAUGUAUUUGGUACUGAAUUACUCGAGCGCAAGUCCUUACGGCAUCGGAUAUGCGCGGUAUUUCCUACUCAAUAACGUAUCGUUCACCUUGACUGAUUUCAAUGAUACUUUGGUAUCAUUAGCGGAUAAGAUAGACCCUGGGAAUGCUACAGCGGAUAACUACAACCUCACAAGGUUCCGUGAUGGGGGUGGGAAGAUGAUCAUGUACCACGGCGAGGCUGAUGCACUCGUUCCCCUACAAGGUUCGAACCUAUACUACGAUCGCGUUGUGAAAACCAUGGGUGGCGAUGUGACAGCAACUCAACAGUUCUUUCGGUACUUCACCGUUCCGGGAAUGCAGCAUUGCAUGGGAACGCCCGUAGAUGCGCCUUGGGCGUUCGGCGCAGCCUCCCAGGCGUCUGCUUUCGGCAACGACACAUGGUCGGUCCCCGGGUUCAAAGACGCACAGCACGAUAUCCUUCUUUCGCUUAUGGAAUGGGUAGAAAAGAACGUUACUACCGAUCGGGUAGUGGCUACCACUUGGAACACACCCAAAAACGCGUCCUCGGGGGUCUUGAGACAACGACCCUUGUGUCCCUAUCCUCAAAUGGCUAGAUGGGACGGAACUGGCGAUCUCAACGCGGCGGCCAGUUGGAGUUGUGGGUGAGUGCAUAUAUAAUCCCUAGCCCGAGAUCGAGUUCACGGACUAACAUCUCGGCCAAAAAAAAGUGGCGAUGUCCGCACGAGUGCUGCUCCAACUAGUGACGCGCACCGUAUGUUGUGGCAGUCGAGCGUGACUCUGUUGGCGAUAGUCGGUGUGUUCGCUUCAGUUAAUAGAUUGUCCAGGUAUAUGAUAUUCUGAAUAGAGCAGGGCUACUAGAGCUUUGGGGCGUAGCUGGUAGUAGUUGUGGGAAGCCAUAUCUAUAUUACCUAGGUAGUCGAGUCAAGAUGAUCCCAUGACCACGAGACCUGACUCUAGCACCAUCUCCUCGCCAGAUCAAUAAUACCUAUCUUUGCAUAUUUAACUUCUGACGAGAUGUUGCAUAUGCUAGUAAAGGGCUUAC